ACCAGCUCACCCAUAACACUACACACUGAAAACGGUAAAUCAUUAGAAAAUUUGCAUGAUUUCCAUUUAUGAAUAAUUUUGACUAGUGGGUUCUGCAUUUUGCUCUCCCUACGGCCAAUCUGAACCGGCGAUACUCGCCGGAGCUCAUAUUACAGCGGUUGAUUUCAAUGACUUCAUCACAACAUAAAUGAAGAACAACAGCGUGCCGCCGCCAUCCCAUAUGUUUGCAUCCUGCAAUGCCCUUUCUCUUCUCCCCAACUCGCAUUCUCAAGCCGUCAUUUAAGCCCAGUAACAAGAAUAAUACUUGCAUAGUCCAAAACUUUCUGAAUCUUUGCUCUCAAGGUCACCUUCAAGAAGCUGUCAAGUCUUUAGACCUCUUAGCGCAAAAGGGCAUUCGUUUGGACUGUAAAAAAUUAGCUUUUCUCAUACAGAAGUGUGCUGAGUCCAAGAAUUUGAAAUUGGGCAGAUGGGUUCACCUCCAUCUAAAGGUUACUGGUCUCAAACACCCCAAUACAUUUUUAGCCAAUCAUUUGAUCAAUAUGUACGGUAAAUGCGGCGAUCACAUUGAAGCACGCUUAGUGUUUGAUAAAAUGAGCUUGAGAAAUUUGUAUUCUUGGAACAACAUGCUUUCUGGGUAUGCUAAACAACUUAUGGUAAAGCCUGCAAGGAGGUUGUUUGAUAAAAUGCCCGAGAGGGACGUUGUAUCGUGGAAUACUAUGGUAAUUGCCUACGCGCAGAGUGGUAUAUGUGAUGAAGCUUUGAGGUUUUAUAAAGAGUUGAGGAGGUCAGUUAUUGGGUUUAAUGAGUAUAGCUUUGCUGGAGUGGUGACGGUUUGUGUGAAGUUGAAGGAGUUGAGGCUAACAAAGCAGGUCCACUCUCAAGUUUUGGUUGCAGGGUUUUCACUAAAUGUGGUCCUUUCUAGUUCCAUUGUUGAUGCAUAUGCUAAAUGUGGGGAAUUGGUUGAUGCCAGGAAAUUAUUUGAUCAGAUGGGAAGAAGGGAUGUUCUGGCUUGGACCACUUUGAUAUCAGGAUAUGCCAAAUGGGGUGAUAUGGAGUCAGCCAGGGUGUUAUUUGAUGUGAUGCCUGAAAGGAAUCCUGUUUCUUGGACUGCUAUGAUUUCAGGUUAUGCUCGUAAUGACAAGGGACAUGAGGCCCUUGACUUGUUUAUGAAGAUGAUGAUGCUUUGCAUUAGACCUGAUCAGUUUACUUUUAGUAGUUGCCUCUGUGCUAGUGCAAGUAUAGCCUCACUCAAACAUGGUAAACAAAUCCAUGCACAUUUGAUAAGGAUUAAAUUUAGGCCUAAUUCAAUAGUUUUAAGUUCUCUCAUUGACAUGUAUUCAAAGUGUGGUUGUCUGGAACUUGCAAAGCAAGUUUUUGAUGUUGUGGGUGACAAACAAGACGUAGUAUUGUGGAACACAAUGUUAUCUGCACUUGCACAGCAUGGUUCUGGUGAGAAAGCAAUAAAUUUGUUUGCUGAAAUGGUGACAGCGGGCGUUAGACCAGACAAAAUCACCUUUCUUGUUCUUCUCAGUGCAUGUAGUCACUCAGGGCUUGUGCACGAGGGACUUAGGUUAUUUGAGUCAAUGAAUCGCGAUCACAAUACUGUUCCAGAUCAAGAACAUUAUUCUUGCUUAAUUGAUAUUUUAGGUCGAGCAGGACGAUUCCAUGAGGUAAUGGAUCAUCUAAGAAAGAUGCCAUGCAAACCAGACGAACAUGUCUGGAAUGCCUUAAUUGGUGUUUGUACGAUGCAUGGAAAUAUAGAGCUGGGAAGAAUAGCAGCAAAACACCUUCUUCAGUUGAAUCCUCAAUCACCAGCAAUCUACAUUUCACUGUCAAAAAUAUAUGCAGCACUUGGCAAGUGGGACUCUGUGAUGAGGUUGAGACAGAUAAUGAAUGAGUGGAAUAUUAGCAAAGAACAAGCACUUAGUUGGUUAGAAAUAGAUCAUAACUUGCAUCAAACUACUGUAUCUGAUAAAGUAAAUUCAUCAUCAUUAGGAGAAGCUAACCCACUUGUUGAACUGUUGGCUGAUCACAGUGGAAUAUGAUCACCCAGUAACAAAUGGUGAAGACAGAACCUUUUCCUAUUUUGAAAUGUUUUGUCCUGCUAAUCAGUGAAUUGGGAUUGUGGGAAAAAUGCAGUUGGUUCAAUGACAAAGAAUGCGAAAAGGACUGUGCCAUUCUUUUGAGAGAGUUAGAUCUGGGAGUGAAUCACAGACAUAUUUCUUGAAUGAAAAAAUAGAGUGAAAGGACUUGCUUCUAGAAAUGAUUAUUUGAAGCUUACAAAUCAAUGAAUUGUAUAAAGCAUACCCAUAUGCUUGAACUGAAGAUUUGGGCAAUCCUUGGCAUAGAAGUACAAAUCAAAUCAGUUGAAACAGUACCAAAAAGUGGUUUUGUAAUUUGAGGCCUCAUAGAUUGAAGUUCAUGUAAGCAAUAGUCACUCUACCUCUAAGCUGGUCUAUGGCUCCUGCGAAGAUAGAUUGCAGUAUUUCAGCUCAUUAUUGUUUUUAUUUCUUGUUGGAGUGGACUAUGCUUUAAUUCGUAGGUAUAAGGGAGUCUUUUGUUUUGCAGCUUGAUUCCUUUGCUGCUUCAUGAUUUUGGGGGUGCUUUCUUGCUUUGCAAGAUGCCUUGGAGAAAAGGUUUGCCAGCAUUUUGUGAAGAUCACAUGCAGUUGAUGAUGUCA